AAGGAAAUCGUUGGAGGGUGUAGUCGAUUCCAUCCAGACCAGACACUAGAGACUCAGAGAAGAUGUGGCGAAGGUGCCUGAGCACCAGCACGGGCAACGGCUCACGUGAAGCGCUUGCAUCGAAGAAGAAAUGGGAUGCCAUAGUGGUGGGUGGAGGUCACAACGGCCUCACCGCGGCUGCGUAUCUGGCUCGCUCCGGUCUCUCCGUCGUUGUUCUUGAGCGGCGCCACCUCAUUGGUGGUGCUGCCGUCACUGAAGAGCUGAUCCCUGGAUUCAAAUUCUCACGUUGUAGUUACCUUCAGAGCCUCCUACGUCCUUCCGUCAUCAGGGAGCUUGAGCUGGGAAGACAUGGGCUAAAGCUGUUAAAGAGGAAUCCUUCGUCGUUCACUCCCUGUGUUGAUGGACGUUAUCUUCUUUUGGGUCCUGAUGCUGACCUUAAUCACUCAGAGAUUUCUAAGUUCUCCGAAAAGGAUGCAAAUGCAUAUCCAAGAUAUGAGAACCAGCUACAAAAAUUCUGUAAAUUCAUGGAUUCUCUUUUGGAUUCACCUACUCCUGAAACUUCGCAUGGGGUUCUGUCCUUCACUGAUCAGAUGAAGGAUAAAUUACAAAAGUCGGCAUUUUGGGCUCAUUGUAUGCAACAAGCUUUAGCAUUGGGGCAAAAAGAUAUGGUGGCCUUUGUGGAUCUCUUACUAUCCCCAGCAUCGAAGGUUUUGAAUAACUGGUUUGAGAGUGACGUACUAAAAGCAACAUUGGCAACAGAUGGUGUAAUUGGGACCAUGGCAAGUGUACAUACACCAGGGAGUGGAUAUGUUCUGCUACAUCAUGUGAUGGGAGAAACUGACGGUGAUCGUGGCAUUUGGUCAUAUGUUGAAGGUGGGAUGGGCUCAGUAUCAUUGGCAAUAAGUAAUGCUGCUAGAGAAGCUGGGGCUCAUAUUGUAACAAAUGCAGAGGUUCUCCAGUUGAUGAUUAAUGACGAGUCUGGUGCAACUGAAGGGGUUCUACUGGCUGAUGGAACUCCGGUGCACUCAUCUGUUGUUUUGUCGAAUGCAACCCCUUAUCGAACCUUCAUGGAGUUAGUGCCUCAAAGUUUUCUGCCUGAAGAAUUUCACUAUGCUAUAAAAAAUACAGACUAUAGCUCUGGAACAACAAAAAUUAACUUAGCUGUGAAUAGAUUGCCCCAAUUCCAAUGCUGCAAGCCAUCUCUUGAGGCAGGCCCUCAGCAUGUGGGUACCAUUCACAUUGGUUCUGAAAGUAUGGAGGAGAUUGAUUUAGCUUGUCGAGAUGCUUGGAAUGGCUUACCAUCACGGAGACCUCUUAUUGAGAUGACGAUUCCUUCUGUAUUGGACAAGACUAUUUCUCCUCCCGGUAAGCAUGUUAUUAACUUGUUUAUACAAUACACACCCUAUAAAUCUUCAGAGGGAAGCUGGGAAGAUUCUGCAUUCAGAGAGUCCUUUGCUCAGAGAUGUUUCUCCUUGAUAGAUGAGUAUGCACCUGGCUUCAGUUCGUCAAUCAUUGGAUAUGACAUGUUGACACCACCAGACCUUGAAAGGGAGUUCGGUCUUACAGGUGGGAAUAUCUUCCAUGGUGCUAUGAGCUUGGAUUCACUUUUCCUAAUGCGACCUGUUAAAGAAUGGUCAGGUUAUAGGACACCACUACGGGGACUGUAUCUCUGCGGAAGUGGAACGCACCCUGGGGGUGGCGUGAUGGGAGCGCCUGGACGCAAUGCUGCACACGUGGUUCUUCAAGAUAUGAAGAAAUCAUCAUAAUUGACUUCCCUCUCUCUCUCUCUCUCUCUCUCUCUCCACCUGGGAAUCUCAACUUUGUACACUUGUUGGGGUCUCUCUCUCUUUAUAUAUUUAUUAUU